AUGCCUCACUCUAUAAAUGGUUCUACUAAUACGAUUACGAUUACUAUACUAUACUAUACUACCACACAUAUACAUAAUCUAUCUAGGUUUUCAGAUGUGAUGUGUAAUGGGGUACGUAGGGCUGCUUCUGCCACAAUUGAUCACGCAUGUCGUCCCGAGUCACCCGAGUUAGAGUUUCCGCUGCGCCAGAUUGAGUUUUUGAGAAAGGAUAAGGGAAAACGAUCUAGACAGGCGUCCAUGUACGGAAAAAAAAAGGCUCGGGAAAAUCCACAUCGCGAGGAUGGCCGACAAUCACCCGUUAUUAGCUGCCGUUACAUACCUAUCGUUGCGCACGAAAAAAAUAAAAAAGCAAAUGAAAAAUUAACCAACGGCCACAAAUCACAGCACAUCAAUUUAAUUAAGACCUACAUGCCCUAUGUACCUAGUCAUGCAGGCUGUCAGGCUGGAGAGGAGGGGUGA